UAAAGGUGAUUUUAUACCUCCAGUAUUUUAGUCAAGCAAUCGACUGGAUUGAAUUUUCACGAAGAAUCACUAAAAUCAUAAAUUUUACAUAAUUUCAACUGUUUGUUAUGUCAAUAAUCACAGAAGAAAAAGAAAAUAUAUAAAUAUUUAAAAUGUCAUUACAUACAAUUUUACGAACAACAUCUCAGAAGUCAUGUACUGCUUUUUUUCAAACAUCAGCAAUAAUUAAUAAAUCACAUGCCGGUCGCUAUAGAGUAACACCUAAAAAAAAUAAACCGCUCACGUAUGAAAUGGCUUUUCCACCUCAUGAGAUUGCUCACAAAAAAGGCUGGAAUUCUUGGAAUACUUCUAAUUUAAUUAAUGGAAACAGAUCUUCUGAAACAGCGGUGGAAGAUAUGUUUAUACGACGAUUCAUAACAGGUACAUGGCCUUCACUUUUGUUGAGUGAAAUAAUCAUAAAACGACAAUUUAACAUUAUUAGAAUAGCUGGAAUUUUAAAGUUAUCAGCGAAUCCAAGACAAAUAUACUUUUUAACAGGAUACAGCGAAGAAUUUUUAAGUUAUUGGCUACAAUGUCCUGUCAAGUUAGAGAUUCAAGUUACAAAACGUAAAGACGUUAUUUUCAAAUAUAUUUAAAAAAAUGUUUUUUUUUUUUUUCUCUCAUAUUUUCGCAUUGUGCUCAAGUGAAUUUAUUUAAAUUUUAUAAACAUAAAGUUUUGUGUUUAUCAUUUGUAAUAAAAUCAACAACUUUUAAAUAGAACUAUUCUUAGUUUUAUGUAAAUGAUGUAUAGACAACAAUUAAUAUAAAAAUUUAUUAUUAAGAAAUUUAUACAA